UAUCCUAUCAUUGUCCAAAAUUGUAAUUCUCAUCUUACCAUGUGUUUUCGUGGGUGAUGCAGGUGAUUGUUGCCAAGUUUAACGUAACUAUACGCGAUAUUGUAUCCGCAUGAGAGAAUUUUCUGUGUGAGAAACUUAAAUCCAAAGGCACUUAUCAUAUAACCAUAACCAUAUGGAAAAUGAUUUGUAAUUGCAGAAAAAUUAUCGAAAAAUGCUUUGCAAAUCUUGUAUGAUCAUUGUGUUCACAAAACAUUUCCUUUCUCCAGGCUCAAAAGAUACGAAAGACUACGAAUUUCUUCUUCGUAAAAAUCUUUUCAAAAAUUAUUCGUCGAAGAGUCUUCCAUCGUUGAAUAAAACAACACCAGUUAGAGUAAAAGUCGGUACAACCUUACGACAAAUACUUGAUGUGGAUGAAAAACAUCAAGUGAUGGUUACAAGUAUUUGGUUUCGUCUGUAUUGGAAAGAUGAGACUUUGUCAUGGAAUCCUUUACAUUAUAAAAAUGUUAAAGAAUUACAUAUAGAUGAUAAAGAUAUUUGGGUGCCAGAUAUCAGUAUCUAUAACACCGCUUCAGAUGAAGAUAUUCUUUACAAAAGAUUGGAUACAGAUAUUGUAUUAAAACAAAAUGGAGAGGCAUCGUGGUUGGCUCCUGUUCUAGCAAAAACUGAAUGUAAAAUCGAUGUAAAAUAUUUUCCAUUUGAUGAUCAGAUGUGUCGAAUAACGUUUGGGUCGUGGAUCAAUCACGGUUUACAAGUUGACGUGAGCAACUCAACUGCGCAUGCGGAUAUUGAUAAUUACGUAGAAAACACAGAAUGGGAUCUUCUCAGUGCAUAUUUUACACGUUUGGAAAAAGUGUAUUCUUGUUGUAGUGAACCUUAUCCUAGUGUGACCCUCAAUAUCCACAUAAGACGCCGUGCAUUGUUUUAUCUUUUUAAUCUUGUUAUCCCAUGUGCUGUAAUAGCUAUUCUUGCAGCUUUAGCAUUCUGUUUACCAUCAAACAAUGGUGAACGUAUAUCUUUAGUUGUUACUGUCCUUCUCUCAUUAACGGUCUACAUGUUGAUAGUAUCGGAGAAUAUGCCUCCUACCUCGGAAGUUGUCCCCCUUAUUGGAAAGUUUUACAUUUCUACAAUGGUACUUAUUGCUCUGACGCUUGCUGCUGUCUGCGUUACAUUAAACUGUUAUGAACGAGAGAAAAGAAUGUCGAGUUGGCUGAAAAAAUUACUCAUUGACAUUCUUGCGAAAGUUUUAUGUUUUGAGCAAAAAAUUGUAAAGAAGAUAAAUCCUGCAGGAUUUUACGUGAAUCAUUCAUUUAAUGUAUGUAAUAUGACCCUGGAAAAGACUUCGACUGCAGAUGAUGGCAAAAAGAAUAACAAUAUGCUUGGUACAUCAUCAGAUGAUAGUAAUGAACACACUAAAGUCAUUGAGAUAAACUCUUUGAAAAGUGGCGCAAAACGUUUUGAAGACGUUGUCUUACAGCAAAAGAUAAUAACAAAACACGAAAACAACGAAAUAAAGGGACAAUGGAAGAUGGCCUGUAAAGUUUUAGAUCGUUUGUUCUUUUUGGUUUUUCUUGCUUCUUUUUUUGCAAUGACUAUAGUUGUAUUUUUAGAGGCUCCUACAGUCCUAUUAACCUAACUUUGGAAUUUUAAGAGUAAUAAGUAAUAUAGAUGUCAUAUUAAAAUAACAUUGAAAUACAUUGUUAAUAAUCUAUGAAAAUGUAUGAUAGUAUUAACAUUGUAUACUUGAUGUAACAAUUCAAGUACCUCUAAACACAUCAACAUAUCAAUGGUAUCAAACAUAAAGUUCAAGAAAGUUAUAAAUAUAUCAUGGCUAUCUUAUGAACGAUUAUUGAACAUAUACAGUUUCAUUUAGCAGUUAUUUUGCCCACGUAAUAUAGCUUAAAUUUGCAGUUGUAAAUAACCCCUAACUCUUCACUCUCGAUGCUACACACUCAGAACUAUUGUUUUACUAUCAAAAUCACAAACAACGUCGUAUUUUUGGCAACAUUAAAUGUCACCUCCCUGUCUGUGUCCAUUUCACAUUGCGAACUCCACAACAGAUGUUUCCUUUUUUUUCUCUAUCUUUAGAUAAACUGAUUAAUUCAUGCUGCAAAUGAUGGCUUCCUGAAUAUGACGAUAGAAAAAGUGUCAAUAAGUCCUUGUGGUCUACUGGUCUCGGCUUAAAUUUCAUACAAAUCCUCGAACAUCUGGUCUUUAUGAAACAAAAUAUUCAUAAUACAACAAAGCGAAUCAAAUUGGAGGUCCUUGAACUGUGACGUCAUGACGGUUUAUGUCAAAGCAAUGCAAAGUGCAAGCAUUGGAAGAUCGACCAGCAGAAGUAAGGUGACAAUUACAGCUGGAAUAGGUCGUUGCUGAUUCUGGCGAGAACGAACAAAGAAUUUGUAUAAACUGCAACAGGAAAAUGUGUAAGUUACGUAUGUUGAAUGAUAUACCAAUUACAAUGCAAGAGCGAGAGUUUGGUGAAAUUUAUUCGUGUCAUCAAGCGGGCUUUCACUCGCUCUUAUUUAUGAAAGCAGCAACAGAAGCUGAGGUCAUGUCAAUGUAUAUUAAUGGCGCUGAACCUUAUCGUAAAAAGAAAGCAAUUACGAAGAUAUUUCGUCGAAGUACAUACAGUCCAGGUCUAGAAGACAUCGAGGAAGAAAAUAUUGAAAUGUUUGAUAGUAAUAGAAUUGAGACUUCCCUUGAUUUAUCUUUGACUUGUAUUCAUUUGGAACGUGCUAUAAGUGCUGGUGUAAUGGCACAAGAAUCGCGUAGAAGACGACGAAAGUCUGCAAUGAGUUCAUCAAAGGUACACGAAAACAAGGAAAGAAGAAGAAGAUAACGUUAUAUUGGUGAAGAUAUUAGCUAAGGUGGAAUAUAACAUUUGAAAAUGUAUAUUUUUAUAGUGGAUACUGCUUUCCUGGUGCAGAUAGCUUCAUGAAAUUAAGUUUCAUCGCUAUCAUAUGAUAAACCUUUCCACACAGUUGGAAGUUAAAAAGAGCAUCCGCUAGCGUGACUUAUUGUCACCUAUGAUGAUCACUAUGUACUAUCAUUCCUACGCAUCAAUGUUCACCUGAUGAGUUACUGCAAAUGGUCUGGGAACUUUAUUAUGGUCAAAGUUGAUAACUUAUAUCUGCAACUUUGAUAUAUAUUGUAAAAUAUGUAAAUGUAUAAAUAUCUUUGCUGUUCAAUUGUUCAUAUAUAUCAUAUGGUUAAUAUCAUUGUGUCUAUAUUUAAAGUACAAGUGAUGUGUUUUGACAAAUUAUUUGUUCUCUUCAGGGGAUAAAAUAUUUAUUGAGCAAUGCGUGACUGCUUGAGAUUACGCAUUUGUGAAUAAAGACGACCGUUAGUGACGUUAAAAA